AUGAAAGACACAUCUUCCGACACCUUGCCGACAGUGCGCGAGGCAGUCGAGUUUCACCCAACACGUUUGCAGGUGUCAAUUCGUCGGCCGGGUGAGGACUGGACCGGAAUCACCGAUCGUGUGGAGAGAAAGAAGCUGCAGAAUAGAUUGAAUCAACGCGCGCAACGAGCCCGGAAAAUCCGCCGAGAUCAGGAGUUAGCUAUCUCCCGGAGGGCUAAAGCAGAUAAAAGGAAUCAUCGCCCGGUCUUGAUUCUUCCACGUCCAGAAAAAGGCACUGCUAGUAGUACUGAAUGGCCAGGGUUCUGUCAAUCAACUACUCUCCCCACGGCAAUCGCGAUGAUGACAACUUUUCACGCCUCGGCCUAUGAAAGAUAUUACAGCGGAAACCCCUGCCUAGAUCACUUACUCACCCUCUCAAAGCUCAAUAUUCUGCGUGCUAUUCUAGAUAAUAGUAAGACCUUGGGCCUGUCCACCCGAGACAUGGAAGACGACGUCCUCUCCCCCUUCAAUUCCCCAGGAUGUGACUUGAAUUUGAAGGAUCGGGUUCUUCCAGCCAGCCUCUGUCCCACUGCCAUACAGCGCGAUACCCCUCAUCACCCCUGGUUGGAUUGUUUCCCAUUUCCGCGAAUGCGAGAAAAUCUCAUACAGGCAGAUGGGACUUUCAAUGACUGCGAUCUUUGCGGCGAUGUAAUGGACCCCGGUGUUGGUGAUGCUGGUAUGCUGGUUUGGGGAGAUCCUUGGUUACCGCAGAAUUGGGAGGUAUCUGAGUCUUUUCUUCGCAAGUGGUUUUGGGUUGUCAAGGGAUGCGAGGAACUUCUAUCUUCGACAAAUCAUUGGCGAAUGAAACGGGGCAUGAAGAGACUCAAUUUCAACAUGCUCUCAACGAGGUUGCCGGCGUCGCCGGAUAUUCUGCGUGGAGUGGAAAUGGGCGUCUGUGAGAUCGAUGAAAUGUGUUGA